GGAGCCGGCCUCCACUUGCCUCCUCGCGGAACAUUCUCUCUCACACACUAAUCUCUAAUCUGCUGCCGUGUGUCCUCGACACACGCUUGACCAACCGUCAACAUGUCCACUCUGGCAGCGGAUGUCACCUUUGACUUCACCUUCCCGCCAUGCGAUCCUACCACGCCUCCGAGCUUCUCUUUUGAUCCGUCUCUCCUGGAGAUCCCGUACAAUCCGGGCCACGCUCGCUCCAGCUCGCAUGGAUCUGUCUACUCCUUCCAGUCGUCCCCCUCCGACUCGGUCCCCACCCCGAGCACUCGCCAGACAACUCCGGCGCGAUCGCCCAUCCGGACCCGUGGGCCACUGCUUCUUCCCAAGAUCCGCAGCCAAGACCAGGCCAUCGUGCCCUCCACUUCCAGUGUCGCCCCGCGGGGCACGAAGCGCGCCAGGACCUCAUCAGGGCCUGUCGGGCCGAACAAGAGUGCUUAUCGGCCCUCGCACUGCCGCAGCAUGACUAACCCGGAGACCAUCUCGUUCUCCUCUGCCAUUUCCUUCGGCGAGGACAGCAACCCGGCUCCGCUGCUGUGCUCCCCUGUUGACUUCGCCCGCGAGUCCUCGGUGAUGCACUCCAGGAGGGCGUCCUCAUGCAGUCUCGGCAACGUCACGGUGGACAGCUACUUCCCUGGCUACCAAAUGCCCGCCGCGUACGUUCCGGCCCGGGCCAGCAGCAGUCCUACCCCUCCGCCGCAGCCGCAGCCGCAGCCCCAGGCACACCUAGCGACGCCGGGGCCCUUCCUCUACCAGGACUUCGUGCCUCGCGCCCCCUCCCCCCUGGCCGCCGCAGCACCCAUCACGCCGGAAGUUAUGGUCCCAUCGACAACGCUCUACUCCUACCUCACCUCGCCCAACCCGGCGCCGUCACUGGUCCGCACCCUCUCGUUCCCGCUCCGGGAUCCCAACACGAAGCAUUUCUGGUGGGACGUGCGGCAAGUCCGCCCGUGGACCGGCUUCACCGCAUCCUCCAUCCUCUCCAUGCCCGGAGCCAGCGCCUGCCUAUCCAUGCCGGUCUCGUCCGCCCUGCUGCCCAACCCACCACUGCCAAGCCAGCGCCACCCGGAAACCGAAGCCGCGCUCCACGCCAUCUACGCGGCGCACUACCUGCCCAAGCUCAACAACGCCCUCGCGCUCUGCUCCCAGCGACCGCUCAAGCUCUCGGCGCCGCCCAAGACCACCUCGGCCCAGAACAUGGGCAUGGCCACAGACUGCAUGUUCGUGGCCAACGCCGCGGGCGAGUCGUCCUCGGCGGCCGCCAUCUUCGGCGGCAAGCCCACGGCGCGCGUCGUCGGGCUGGUCAAGUCGUUCGACCGCUUCAACACAGGCAUGCGCGUCGAGGGCAACAUCAAGCGCGUCGAGUACCUGCGCGGGCUGGCCCACCUGCACCACGCCAUGCGCGAGCACGGCUGCCGCUACGGCUUCAUCCUGACUGAGAUCGAACUCGUGGUGGUGCGCAACGGCGCCGAGACCAUCCCGCACUUUGGCUUCCUGGAAGUCGCCAGCGUGCAGCUGGCCAGCGCCGACGAGGAGUUCGUCGCGCCCGACCACCCGGACGACGCGAAGCUCACGGCCUGCCUCGCCCUCUGGGGCCUGUGCAUGCUGGCCGGCGAUGAGCCCAUGCCGGGCCAUGCGCACUGGCGCAGCGAGAUCGGCGCCCCCGCCGACGGGACCCGGAGGAAGGCCCUGCCGCGGGACAACUGGAUGCCGCAGCCGCAGCUGGCUGAGAAGAGGGAGGCGAAAAGGGCCAGGGGCUGGAUCUUGCCUGAAUGUCCUGUCGGGCGGAAAGAGGUGGGGAAGAGAGGCGUUCGCUACGGCGCUUGCUGAAGAAGGGAAGCAGGGAGAAGGGAGUUGUUUGUGAGGAGGAGGAGGA